AUGUGUUUCGUACGCACUCCUUCGUGGUGGGGUGACCGACGUCGUGUUGCCACAGAUGGCGAGGACCGGCGAAGUCGCUGGCGGCAGUUCGGGUCCGAGCUAAAUGUGGAGCUGGAGAUCACCACCGAGGCGGUGGCUUCGGCGGGCACGGCGUUCUUGUCGGAAGAGCCCUCCCUGUGGCGGGACUACGAGGGCAGGGAGAACGCGAGGGACAGGGGGGUGCUGGCCCGCAGUAACCGCACCGUCAGCCUAAGCCCCGAAGCCCCCCCCCCGCUGCAGUCGGGCGCAGAGCUGGUGUACGCUCUCGACAUGGAGGUGCAAGUCCCCGUGGACUCCCUCGGACAGAACGUGGUGCUCGAGGCCCUCGUGUCCCCACCUUCGGGGAGACGGAGCGAGUGCGUUAACACCCCUGGCGUUGCCGCCGCUCCCUCCAAGGACACCUCAGGCGCCUCUUGUGGCGCCGGAGGAGCCGGCGGCGACGGCGGCGGUGGCGAUAGCGGCGGCAGCAAUGGCGGGGGCGGGCGGAGGAGAGGGAUCGGAGGGAACUUCGCGACCCGUCUCGACGGCCUGUUCGCGCUCAGCAGGGUGGCGCCGGUGCGGCUCCCCGUGCGGCGGUGCUUCCUGCCCCUGCGCGUGGUCCAACCCAUCACCGUCACCAGCCGGUCCUGCCCUUCUACGUCGUCGCCUGCUACUGCUGCCGCUGCUGCUCCUGCUGCUAGCGGUGGUGCGUUCGCCGGGGCCAUCGGGCGGUGCCUGGUGGCCCUCGAGGUCCGGAAUGACCACCCCGCCGCCGCCAUCACCGUCCACGACGUCGAGGUCCACGUGGACGCCACGGCGCGGUGCGGGGACAGGUCGUCGUCGCGGGGGUUUUCUGCCCCGGGGAAGGCGGGCGGGGGAGGCGGCGGCGGCGGCGGCGGCGGGGGGAGGGGCAGCGGAAGGAGGAAGAUGUCGGGAGGAGUGCCAGUCAUGUCGGGAGGAGUGCCAGUGGGGGGGGCGUCCGCUCCUCUUGACGGGCUGGACGGGUCGAUCGAGCAGCCGCCUCUUGCGGGGGCAGGCAGCCUCGGAGGGGGCGGCGCUCCGGCCACGGGCAGCUUCUCGAGAGUGUUCUCCGCCUCCUGGGUGGCGAAGCCGCCCCUGCCGCUGGAGCUGGCCCCCGGGGAGGUGCAGGGCUUCGUGGUCUCCAUCUCUCCUGCGGGGGAGCCGCUGCCCCCUCGGCGGGCGGGCGGUCACUUCGAGAGUCCCGUCACAUUCGUGUGGACCCUAGCCAAGGGCGGCGCCGCCGCCGCCGCCGUCGCAGGCAGCGGCGACGCCGCAACGGCCGCGGCGGCAGGAGGCCCCGCUGCUGCUUCUGCUGGUUCCUCAGCCGCGCAGCGGCAAUCGUCCUCCUCGCGAUCGUCUUCCCCGACGCCGAUGACGUCGGCCUCGCCUUCGGCAGGGUUGCGACUGCCGCGGUUGCGGCCGGCGGCGGCGACGCCGACAACCUCGGUGCACCUGGCGCAAUGGCAGUCGGAGCAGCGGGCGCGCGACGAGGUGCUGGUGAGGGUGAAGGGGCAGCCGAGGGUCAAGCUCAACCGGGUGUUCGAGGUGUCUCUCCAGGUGCGCAACCUCUCGGAUAGCGCUCGGGACUUGGUCGUGAUGUUCACGGAGGACCCCGCCCAAGGCAGCCGGCGCCGCCGCGGUAGUGAGCAUCAAUACUUGUCGUUGGACGGCGGCGGCGGCGGCGGUGGGGGUGGUAGCGGCCCGGUUGACGGUAGCGAUUCGGACGGCGACGAUGACGGCGGGGCUGUCAAGGACAUCUCCCCUUCGGCCUCCCCGGGGCACCACGUCCGAGGCGCAGGCUUCAGCCGCACCCGCUCCCCACCGCCACCGUCACCACGAGAGACCACCCAAGCCGCCGCUGCCACAGCGGCAGCAGCGGCGGCGGCGGCGGCGGCGGCGGCGGCGGCGGCAGCGCCGACGUGCCUCCUCGGGGACCUCCUGCCGGUGGACGCUGCGGUGCCCCUCGGGCGGCUGGAGAGGGGCGCGGAGCACGGGGCGACGGUCAGGCUCACGGCGGCGAGGGCGGGCCUGGCCCGGCUGUCGAGCCUCUGCCUCAGGGACGCGCUGACCGGGUCGGUCUACGUCCCGUCCUGCCCUUACGAGGUGUUCGUGGAGGGGUAG